AUGGAUAGGCCGGUCCCGACCUCGAGCAGGCAGGCUGGGAAAGACGGCGGUGAAAGGGUGAUCGAGCAUGAGAGCUGGGAGCUGCAUACCGAGAGCGCAGGGGACGAUGGGGAGGAUGUGCAGCAUGGCCUGAGCGAUAUCCAGGAAUCCCAUCGUCGGGAAAUCAAGCAUUAUCGAAACCUUCUCAUUCGCGCCCAGUCAGCGUCAGCAGCCAGCAUACACGAGCUCGACGGGAGGCUACGUGAGGCGGAGACACGGUAUGACGAUCUUCUCAGGCAGCAUGGGGAAUGUGGUAAAGGCAAGGGGAAGGAGGUGGAUGUUGAUACGAUCAGGGAGGUAAUGCGGACUUUGGACAGGAGCGGGAGACUGGAGAUGCUGGAUAUGGUCCUGGAGGGCUGCCUACCUUCUGAUAUAUCAUCGCAAAUCGGCGUGCUGCAGAGGUAUAAACGGUCCCGAUUCGACAUCCUCGGCAAUCUCGGUGCUACCAUCAUACCCACAGUGAUGGAGUAUUUGGACGUCUCCGAUAUCGUGUCUCUGAGACAGGUGUCCAGGGCGUAUCACGACAUCACCAAGUCGGCGUCUAUCUGGAGGGCGCGUUGCCUUGUACUGGAGGGGUCGGAGGCUCUCGCUUGGCGGGUGCAAGCUCAUAGAGCCGAGCCGAGUCGCGAGAUUGAGUGGGAGGAUGUAUACAAAAGAAUGCUUCAUCGGGAGAAGAAUUGGAGAUCUGCCAAACCAGUGUGCGUACAGGUGCUUCAGGGUCAUUUGAAGCAUGUCGUUGCUGUGGUCUUGCAUCACGAUACGUUGUUUAGUGGCUCAAUGGACGGAUCUAUCAAAGUCUGGCGCGUUCCAUAUCUCGCUUCAACUGACCAGCGGACCGUCAAUCUCAUACAUACUAUCUCGACCUCGCCAACUCGAGCUAUCUCUUGUUUAGCUUUUCAUCCCGCCGACAAGAUCUUGGUGGCCGGUAGUUCCGAUGGGCGGGUCCAGAUCUGGCAGCAGGUCGGGAAGGAGUGGCGAUCCCAGCAUGUCCUGCUUGGGCAUACCCACGGAGUGCGCUCAGUCGCUAUAGAUGGCAAGCGUGUUGUCUCGGCCGGUCAAGACAAGACCAUCUACAUCUGGGAUUGCCGGACUGGCGAGCGGUUGAUGCGCUUCCCUCAAGCCGAGUACUGCCUCGAAGUUCGAAUCAUCGGCGAUACCGUCCUGGCGAUCAUGAUGGAGGGCUCGAUCAGCGUCUUCUCCGUCGAGGAGCGGCGGAUGGUGGCUCAGCACAGGUUGGCAAGUCUGUCAUCUGCUGUCUCCGAAGUCGGGUCCGGUGGAAGCACUCGUAUUCCGAUCAGCUGGUUCGGCCUGGACGGAAGAUACAUGGUAUGCGGCAAUUACGAUACUUGCUAUCGCUUCGAAUGGCGACUUCCAGAUCCCAAUCGAGUCGAGGCACUCCCUGAUACCGCCUCGCGCCCCUCGCCCGUCAAGCCGAAACUCCUCUCCACACCAGGAGCGAAACCUCCCUCUCGAUCCACUACCACUCCUCUUCCGGCUCAGCGUGUCGGAUCAACCCCAUCAGCAACGCCCACCAGAUCGUCCACACUGCCCCUGCUUCGGCCCCAUUUAGCCAAGUCGACAUCGUCGUCAUUAUCGUCCGCCCGCACAACUCCAAAGCGCUCAAUGAGUGGAUCCGACCGGCUUCUCAGCCCUACCGCGCCCUCUUCCUCCUCGGGAUCUCGCCAUGCCAGUCGGCUAUCCCGAUCCCCUUCCUCAAUCGGUCUCGCGGCCAUCAGCCCGGUCACUACCAGCCCAGGCGAUAGCGGGAGCGCCGAGCCUGAGGGCUUGAGUCCCAUACCGUCUCUCUCCGUCCAGACCCUACCUGACUUCCGCAUCCCGCCAGUACUUGUCUGCUGUCACCCAGUCACGUCGAUCGAGAAGGGUGCUCUCGGUCCAAAGGGUCGAAUCGUCUGCUCUACUCGCUUUGCAGCUCGUAAAGGGGCGAAGAGGGAGGUAGGCUACGAUCAGCAUCUUUUCGGCGAAGCCGGCCUGGAGAAGAUGGAGUGCGUACGCCUGGGAGGGGCUUGGUGCGCACAGGCCGAGGAGCUGGGACUAGAGACACCGGACAAGAACCCGCUGACCAUCGCGGUGGAUUGCGAGAAGUUCAUCUAUGGGUGCACGGAUGGAUCAAUAGUCGUCGCUUCUUUUGGUUGA